AGGAACGAUGGAUGCUCUACAAACAAUAGACCACUUUCCGAUUAGCCCAAAGCCUGAGAGACUGAAAGGAGGAAGCAAUCCGAAAAAUGGAUGUGGAGAGUGUUUUUCACAUGGCCGGAGGAGUUGGGGACACCAGCUAUUCCAAGAACUCCUCUCUUCAGAAGAAGGCCUCCGACAUGGUCAAGCACAUAACAAUGGAGGCAGUCCAAGAAGUGUUCCUCUCCCUGAACAAGCCCAACAGCUUCGGCAUGGCCGACCUGGGCUGCUCCUCGGGGCCCAACACACUCUCCAUCAUCAAGGACAUCAUUAAAUCAGUCGAAGAAGCCGAGGCAUGCGGCGUCAACGUGAAGUUCCUCAACCAGUGUCCAACAAUUACGACAAAGGAGUUCAGAGUUUACCUCAACGACCUCCCCACGAACGACUUCAACUCCAUCUUCAAGGCCCUGCCUGAUUUCCAUGGGGAGCUCAAGAAAUCCACGAGGAGAAGUGAUCUGUACAUUGCGGCUUCUCCUGGGUCGUUUUAUGGGAGACUCUUCCCAAGUGGGAGCUUGCACUUUGUCUAUUCAUCCUACAGUCUGCAUUGGCUUUCCAAGGUUCCUCGAGCUCUAUAUGACGAGCAGGGUAAGUCCACUAACAAAGGAUGCAUUUAUAUUUCGGAAUCAAGCCCUCCAACCGUAGCACAAGCUUACCAAGCACAAUUCCGAGAGGACUUCUCAUCGUUCCUCCAGUUCCGAUCCCAAGAGCUGAUCCCUGGCGGUCAAAUGGUGCUUAUCUUGCUCGGAAGAAGAGGCCCUAACCACAUCGACAGGGGCAACUCAUUCUUCUGGGAAAUACUGUCAAGAUCAUUCUCCACGUUAAUCCUAGAGGGGGAGGUGGAGAAGGAGAAGCUAGACUCAUACGGGGUGCAUUUCUAUGCACCUAGCAAGGAUGAAAUCGAGUCCGAGAUAAAAAGGGAGGGAUCUUUCGAGCUGACCCAGUUCGAGAUGUUCGAGUUAGAGAGGGAAGAAAGCAUCAAAGGAGAGAGAUACGGAUGGGCAGUCGCUACAACGGUCCGGGCAGUACAAGAAUCAAUGAUCAGGCACCACUUUGGGGAUGGAAUUGAUUUGGACAAAUUGUUCGGCAUUUAUGCUAGUAUUGUUGAUCAAGAAAUGGCAAAAGAAGAGAUUAGGGCUGUUACCUUUGUUUUGGUUCUUAGGAAGCUGGCGAAAGAAUAGAAGGAUGUCUAUGAAAUUAGGAAAUUGUG